GGGAAACUCACACCCUUGUCAUAUCUGACCAUCACAGCUAUUUGAUUAAUGUUCUUUAAAAACAAGAUGGAGGGACUCUCUUAUCUGUUCUUACUUUUGGGUUUCUUUUCCAUUCAGGGGAGUUCAGAAAACUUGGAAGAGAAUUUGGCAUUAAGAGGAACGGCUGUACAGUCGAGCACAUAUUCCACCUGGGGAGCUGCAAAUGCCAUCGAUGGCAUCAAAUACACUCCAAGUUGCUCCCACACAGAAUACGAUCUCAACCCGUGGUGGAGGCUGGACCUGCUGGAUUCUUACAAAAUUUACAACGUGACCGUCACCAACAGAGAUGAUAACUGGCUGGAUGAAACAGCUGGAGUAGAGAUCCGCAUCGGAAACUCUCUGGAAAACAACGGCAACAACAAUCCCAGAUGUGGUGUCACUUCACUUGUCCCAGCAGGCAGUUCUGUCAGUUUCUCUUGCGGUGGAAUGGAAGGUCGUUAUGUGAACAUGUACCUUCCUAAGAUCCACGCAUACCUCACACUGUGUGAGGUGGAGGUUUAUGGAACAGCCUCCUGUGAAGAGUCCAUAUGACCAAGCACCUGUGAGUAGAUGAUGGCUACCCUGCAAGGACUCCAGAUAAAAAUGAUGACAUUUUCAUUGGUUUAAGAUGCACACACAGUUUGCUUGAAUGCAUAUCUGGUAUUUGUAAAUAUUAUAAUUUCAAUUAGAUUUAGAUUUCAACUGCUCUUUCUGAUACAAGCUCAUAUAAAGACUAUAAAGGAUUUUGUC